UGGCCGCGGGAAAGGCGCAGUAUCCAGGGCCCUGCCCAUACCCAAGAUGGCGGCUACUGGGGCGAGGCUUACUUGGGCUUUACUAGCCCUGCCCACUAGCCAGGGCGCAGGCAGCGUCGAGUAACGUCAUUCGAGCUCCGUCGCGCCGCUUUUGCGUCUUGGGUGGCGGGAGCGGGAAGGGGAUUCGGAUUGUCGCGCCUCCGCUCCGUGGAGGAAAGUGCUCUCUGGCCCCAAAUCCAGUCCCUGCACCUGAGUACCCCCAGGAACCCGACCCUUCGCACCCUACUACCUUCUCGAUCCCGCCGGCGCCUCAGAGCUGCAGUCCCGUCUCGAAUCCCUCAGCGCUUCAGCCACUAGCCGCGAUGCAUGUGAUCAAGCGAGAUGGCCGCCAAGAGCGGGUUAUGUUCGACAAAAUUACGUCUCGAAUCCAGAAGCUAUGUUAUGGACUUAAUAUGGAUUUUGUUGACCCUGCUCAGAUCACCAUGAAAGUAAUCCAGGGCUUAUACAGUGGGGUCACCACUGUGGAACUAGAUACUUUGGCUGCUGAAACAGCUGCGACCUUGACUACCAAGCACCCUGACUAUGCCAUCCUGGCAGCAAGGAUUGCGGUCUCCAACUUGCACAAAGAAACAAAGAAAGUGUUCAGUGAUGUGAUGGAAGAUCUCUACAACUACAUAAAUCCACAUAAUGGCAAACACUCUCCCAUGGUGGCCAAGUCAACACUGGAUAUUGUUUUGGCCAAUAAAGAUCGCCUGAAUUCUGCCAUUAUCUAUGACCGAGAUUUCUCUUAUAAUUACUUUGGAUUUAAGUACAUGUCUCAGCCUAGUUUUUCUGACAUGUCCCAUCAUGUGACACUCCUUUUGUUUUUAGUGGCUGAAAGACCACAGCAUAUGUUGAUGAGGGUAUCUGUGGGGAUUCAUGAAGAAGAUAUUGAUGCUGCUAUUGAAACAUAUAAUCUUCUUUCUGAGAAGUGGUUUACCCAUGCCUCUCCCACUCUCUUCAAUGCUGGUACCAACCGCCCACAGCUUUCUAGCUGCUUCCUUCUGAGUAUGAAAGAUGAUAGUAUUGAAGGCAUUUAUGACACUCUAAAGCAGUGUGCAUUGAUUUCCAAGUCUGCUGGUGGAAUUGGUGUUGCUGUGAGUUGUAUUCGAGCUACUGGCAGCUACAUUGCUGGGACUAAUGGCAAUUCCAAUGGCCUUGUGCCAAUGCUGAGAGUAUAUAACAACACAGCUCGAUAUGUGGAUCAAGGUGGAAACAAGCGACCUGGGGCAUUUGCUAUUUAUCUGGAGCCUUGGCAUUUAGACAUUUUUGAGUUUCUUGAUUUAAAGAAGAACACAGGAAAGGAAGAACAGCGUGCCAGAGACCUUUUCUUUGCCCUUUGGAUUCCGGAUCUCUUCAUGAAACGAGUGGAGACUAAUCAGGACUGGUCUUUGAUGUGUCCAAAUGAAUGUCCUGGUCUGGAUGAGGUUUGGGGAGAGGAAUUUGAGAAGCUGUAUGAAAGUUAUGAGAAACAGGGUCGUGUCCGCAAAGUUGUAAAAGCUCAGCAGCUUUGGUAUGCCAUCAUUGAGUCUCAGACAGAGACAGGUACCCCGUACAUGCUCUACAAAGAUUCCUGUAAUCGGAAGAGCAACCAGCAGAACCUGGGAACGAUCAAAUGCAGCAACCUGUGCACAGAAAUAGUAGAGUAUACCAGCAAAGAUGAGGUUGCAGUCUGUAACUUGGCUUCCCUAGCCCUGAAUAUGUAUGUCACGUCAGAACACACAUAUGACUUUAAGAAGUUGGCUGAAGUUACCAAAGUCAUUGUCCGAAACUUGAAUAAAAUUAUUGAUAUUAAUUACUACCCUGUCCCAGAGGCAUGCUUAUCAAAUAAACGCCAUCGCCCCAUUGGAAUCGGGGUACAAGGUCUGGCAGAUGCUUUUAUUCUGAUGAGGUAUCCUUUUGAGAGUCCAGAAGCCCAGUUACUAAACAAGCAAAUCUUUGAAACUAUUUAUUAUGGAGCCUUGGAAGCCAGCUGUGACCUGGCCAAGGAGCAUGGCCCAUAUGAAACCUAUGAGGGCUCUCCAGUCAGCAAAGGAAUCCUUCAGUAUGAUAUGUGGAAUGUUAUUCCCACAGACCUAUGGGACUGGAAACUUCUCAAGGAAAAGAUUGCAAAGUAUGGUAUAAGAAACAGUUUACUUAUUGCCCCAAUGCCUACUGCUUCAACUGCUCAGAUUCUGGGAAAUAAUGAGUCCAUCGAACCUUAUACCAGCAACAUCUAUACUCGCAGAGUCUUGUCGGGAGAAUUUCAGAUUGUAAAUCCACACUUACUGAAGGAUCUUACUGAGCGGGGCUUGUGGAAUGAAGAGAUGAAAAAUCAGAUUAUUGCAUGCAAUGGUUCUAUCCAGAACAUACCAGAAAUUCCUGAUGACCUGAAGCAACUUUAUAAGACUGUGUGGGAGAUCUCACAGAAAACCGUUCUUAAGAUGGCAGCUGAAAGAGGUGCUUUCAUUGAUCAAAGCCAGUCUUUGAACAUCCACAUUGCUGAGCCUAACUAUGGCAAACUCACUAGUAUGCACUUCUACGGCUGGAAGCAGGGUUUGAAGACUGGAAUGUAUUACUUAAGGACACGACCAGCAGCGAAUCCAAUCCAGUUCACUCUAAAUAAGGAGAAGCUGAAAGAUAAGGAGAAGGCAACAAAAGAAGAAGAAGAGAAGGAGAGGAACACAGCAGCCAUGGUGUGCUCUUUGGAGAAUAGAGAAGAGUGUCUGAUGUGUGGGUCCUGAGGAAAGGCUUGGAAGAGACCAGCACUUCCUCACAGCCAAACUACUUCUUGAGCAUAGAUAGGCACAGUAGGUUUGCUUGAAGUGCUAAGGUUUUGUUGGACCUUAUUGCAGCAAAAGGAGCAAUUGAUUUAAAGUACUGUUUCUAUAUAAUAGUGUGAAAGUACUGAUAUUUUAAAUCAAUAUAUUGGGAAUCAAAGUAGAAGUUUUAGGAAUGCAAAAGAGGUCAUCUUGCAAAUAGGAAGUAACUGAAUAGGGUUUCAUUGCCCACUUGGCACCCCUUUUUUGGUGACCUCAGUUUUCAUAAGAAGACUUAGUUUUACUGCUUUGACUGGUGGGUCCAUAGAAGCAAAACUGAGUCAUAACCUGUGAGAAGUGUUGGCAGGACCUUUAUCUGGAUAAGGUCCUGUUGGUCAUUCUGAAAUAAACAUUUCAAAGUGAUUA